AAGGAAAACCAGAUCAUCUCCUUCUUCUCCCACUAUCUCUGCCCAAGGUAGGCGUUUCGGACGGUCCUUUGCCGGCACUUUUCACAUUUGAAGCAAUUUGGGUUUCCAUGGGAUUGCUGUAAAAUUUGGUUUCUUCUUUAGAGCUUGAGGCUGAAUUUCAUCUUCUUUUUUUUUCUAUUGAACGGAAAUGUCAGGCCUGGAAGGACAUGACUCCUAUGAUGAAAUAAAACAAGGGAGAUGCGAUGUAGAGAACUCUGAAGAUGAGAGGCGCCGCACAAAAAUAGGGUCUCUCAAGAAGAAAGCCAUAAAUGCUUCUAGCAAGUUCACCCAUUCUCUUAAAAAACGAGGAAAGAGAAAAUCUGAUUACAGAGUUUCUUCUGUUUCAAUAGAGGAUAUACGAGAUGCAAGAGAGGAGACUGCAGUCCAUGAGUUGCGUCAAAAACUCCUAUCCAAGGACUUGUUACCACCUAGGCAUGAUGACUAUCACACUUUGUUAAGAUUCUUGAAAGCAAGGGAAUUUAACAUUGAGAGGACAAUCCAAAUGUGGGAAGAAAUGCUUCAAUGGAGAAGAGAAUAUGGAACAGAAACCAUAUUGGAGGACUUCAACUUUGAAGAGCUUGAUAAAGUUUUGCAACAUUACCCUCAAGGUUACCAUGGAGUUGAUAAAGAAGGGAGGCCCAUCUAUAUUGAGAGACUUGGGAAAGCUCACCCAAAUAAGCUAGCACACACAACCACAAUUGAUCGCUAUUUGAAGUACCAUGUACAAGAGUUUGAGAAGGCUUUGCGUGAAAAGCUACCUGCAUGUUCAAUUGCAGCACAAAAACAUAUUGGUUCAACAACAACAAUUUUGGAUGUGCAAGGCUUGGGUAUUAAGAAUUUCACCAAGACCGCAGCAGACCUCCUAGCUGGGAUGGCCAGAAUAGAUGGGAAUUACUACCCUGAGACACUACAUCGGAUGUUCAUUGUUAAUGCUGGUCCAGGCUUCAAGAUGCUUUGGUUUGCUGUAAAGAAAUUUGUUGACCCAAAGACUAUUGCAAAGAUACAAGUGCUAGAACCUAAGACUAUGAGUAAACUUCUGGAAGUCAUUGACUCGUGUCAAUUGCCUGAUUUCUUGGGCGGUUCAUGCACAUGUUCUGCUGAAGGAGGGUGCCUCAGAUCUAAUAAGGGACCAUGGAAUGACCCUAAAAUAAUGAAGCUUGUACAUAAUGCAGAAGCAACACGUGAGAGACAAGCCACAGGAAUAUUUGAUGAGGAACAGAAAGUUGAUUUUAAGUUAUACCCAUCAAAGGGAAGAAGUAGUGAUACUUCUACAGCUGAAUCAGGAUCUGAUAUGGAUGAUCCUUGUUCUCCCACUGGACUUGGGAAUUCUAGGUUUACACGAUUGACCCCUGUUCAUGAAGAAGGUCGGACAUCUGAUCGAACUGCAUAUUACAGUUGUGCUGACCAUUUUGUUGUGGUUGAUAAAGCUAUAGACUAUGGCCGAGGAAGAUUUAGACCUUCUGAGAAUCCUUCAAGUAAGACAUCACGAAGGGCAGAAGGCACUGCUGUCAUUAAUAGGUUAAAUAGCACGGAGAACACUGUAGAACAUAGUAGUUUCCGAUAUAUAGCUAGAGGGUUGAUAGUUUUCAUGGUCAAACUACUUUCCUUGUUCCGUAUUUUACGCUUUGGUCUUGGGAGAAGACAAGUUAACGUUCUACCUUCCAGAUUGGAGGGAUCAAAUCCAGAAAUUUGUCCUGCUUCAGAAGCUGUAAAGGAAGAAAACCACGUCCUUCAAUGUUUACAACGUCUUCAGAGGCUUGAGAUGUUAUAUGAGAAACUUAGCACUAAGCCUGUGGAAAUUCCUCUGGAUAAGGAGCAAUUGCUCUUGGAAUCAACGGAUCGGAUCAAAUCUGUUCAACUUGACCUUGAGAAGACAAAAAGUGUACUACAUGAUAUGGGCACGAGGCAACAACAGAUUGUGAAGCUGUUGGAGGAUAUGCGGGAAUCUAAAUUUCGGCGACGGAUAUUCUGUUGAAGUUUCGGAGACGUUGGAGGAGGACCACCGUGCUUUGAAGAGAAUUUUUUCUUGGCUUUUAUAUGCCCUACAAAGUAAGCCUCCAGGGACUGGGUGCUUGAGGGAACAUGCUUUGGCUGAGGCGUUGCUGCCCUUGGUGGAUGAAAUGUUGAGGCGCACUUUCGAUGAAGUUCUUCAAGACACUUCUCUUUUUCUAUUUCUCACUUUAACCUCAAGUCCUCGACAACAAAAAUUGGCGUACGAUUGUUAUACACGUGUCAUCCUCUCACACAAUCACGAAGAGUAUAAAGGGAAAAUGGAAGUCGAGUAAAUAAAGCGAUGUUACAAAAUUUGAAUUUGUCAUGGAUAUCUCUUUGUCGGGCUGCAACUGCAAAGGAUUGGGUCGGAUCCAAGGUAGACCCAAAUUGGAUUCAUUUAUAUUCAUAUUUGAGUCAGAUUUCAAUUGAAUACUAGCGGGUGGGGCCCGUGGGCCAAAGGAUACGGGACAAGUUAAAGUUGAUAAGUGGUUGAUUUAUCUUAAAUGGGAUUGAUGAUGGAUCCAAUUAUGUAAAUAUGAAAUUUCAAAUGUUUCAAAAUUUUAAUUGGUCUUGUAUUUUCCUA